AUGUUAUAUGUGUCAUGUGUGAGAUGGGCAAGAUUCGCUGGAAGAGUACCUGCAAAGUUUGGAUACGGUAAUGUUUGUGCUGCUACUGCUACUGCUGUACGGCAUUUCGGGAACUCGAGUAUCGUUUACAGUUCAGAUGUAAGUUCUGUCCCAUUAUUAAGGGAUUAUCAGCAGGAUUGUAUUAAUAAAUGUGUGGAUGCAGUGACUCAGGGCAAGAUGAGGAUAGGUGUCUCCUUAGCCACUGGUGGUGGGAAAACGGUCAUAUUUUCCAAUCUUUUGGAUAGAUUCAGGUCACUUGGUGCCCAUUCGUCGCGUGCUGCUUUAAUCUUGGUGCAUAGACGGGAAUUGGCUAUGCAAGCCGCAUCUACGAUAUCCAAAUUUAUGCCUGAUUUAAAUGUUCAGAUGGAGAUGGGAAAACUUCAUGCUAACUUGGAGGAGGCUGACGUAGUUAUCGGUUCAGUGCUGACUAUGGUUCGAAGGCUGGAAGAAUACCCUCCGGAUUCUAUCGAUUUGAUCGUUAUUGAUGAAGCACAUCAUGCCGUUGCCGAUUCCUACGUAAAGGUUUUGGCCCAUUUCAAUGCAGAUACACCAGCCACAAGAGUCCCUGUGAUUGGAUUUAGUGCCACGUUCGAAAGAGCAGAUAAGAGGGCAUUGUCUGCAGUAAUGGAUGAGAUCAUAUAUCAUAAGGGCAUCUUAGAGAUGAUCGACGAGAACUGGCUUUGUGAGGGCAAAUUUACUACCGUUGACGUAGGUGUGGAUUUGUCCAAGGUAAAGAGCGUUAACUCUGACUUCCAACUAGAGGGGCUUUCGAAAGUCAUGAAUACAAAGGAAAUCAACGAGAUUGUGUUAAAUACGUACCUCCACAAGAAGAAGUUGCAUAACUUGAAAUCUACCCUUUUGUUUGCAGUCGACGUAGCGCAUUGUAAGACCCUUUUUCAAACUUUCCAGAACGCAGGUAUCAAUGCGCAAUAUGUGACUGGGAAGACUAGGACUGGUGAAAGGGAUUCCAUUGUGUCUGAUUUCAAAAAUGGGAAAAUUCAAGUGCUUAUGAAUUGUGGUAUAUUUACGGAGGGAACGGACAUACCCAACGUCGAUUGCGUUCUUCUUUGUAGACCUACAAAAUCACGUUCUUUGUUAGUUCAAAUGAUUGGUAGAGGGCUUAGGAAACAUCAUAGUAAAGAACAUUGUCAGAUCAUUGACUUUGUAUCGUCUUCGAAAGUAGGUGUGAUUUCUGUACCGACGCUUGCUGGAAUUGAUGAUUAUGAUGCCAAUCUAGAUGAGAUGGCUAUGGAUGAGAUUAAUUCCAUAAGACAAGAGAUAGAGGAGAAAAGAUUACAGCAAGAAAUGAUACAAAGGGAAACGGAAGCUAAGGAACAGGAACAAAAGAACCAUUAUAGGAAUAUUGUACUCGACAGUGACUCAAUCGAAUUGACAUUGACAAAUUUCGAGGAUUUCAAAUCGUUUUGUGAGAGCAUGGGAACAACUGACUAUUCUAAAUUGUCACCUGCAGCGAAAGAAGCCAGGUUGCUUGCAGACUCUAAAUUCCCAUGGGUACCUGUUUCUCGUACAGCUUGGUGUUUCCCAAUAGUCUCUGGAAGGCACCUAAGAAUAGAAAGAGAGUCAACGGCUGAUAAAGAACGGAUUUACUCGGCUAAGUUGUACAAUAGAAUAUACGCUGAUAAACAAUCGGGUCCUGCAUAUGUACCCUAUCGGAUUGUUAACAUACACACAUCGACCGAUCUUGAAACCAUUUUUAAUACUGUCGAAGCUUUCGUAUCUAAGAUGUCUGCAAAUACUCCAAUGAGCUUUAGCAAGUUUGCACCUUGGAGGAAACAAUCUGCUAGUCCGAAACAAAAGGCAGUUGUCAGGCGACUUUUUGAUAAAGUUAUCCGCACAGAAGAGAAAUAUGCAGAUAUGGAGGCCAAUGUAGAAGCAUAUCUAAAAACCCUAGACAAGGGAGCCGCAUCAUCUAUUCUUUUUGCGACUUCACUUGCUCCAAAGUAUCCAGUGAAGAGAAUAUUAAAACUACUAUCGUGGAGACAAGCUCAAAAGAUUCGUAACGAAGACGUGUAA